AUGCUCGAAAUCUACAAAGAAGCCGACGGCGUCUCGCCCAAGAUCCACUUCACGCAUUCCCUCCUCCCAAGCUACAUCGAUCCGCAAAAUGUCUCGACGAAGAAAAGGCCCUUCUCUGCCUUCAACGCACAGCACUUCUCACAUACGCUCGAUCUCGUCCUCCCCGAAGAACUCUACGCUCUCGUCCGCGCACGCCUCGAAUCCGACGAUUUCGGCGCCGCGCAGUAUGCGCGCGUCUACAUGAAGCUGGCGGAUUUGCUGGAACGGGAUUUUCUCGAUACGUAUGUCAAGAGGGGAAAUGUGAUGAUGCGGUCCGAGGGGCGGGCGCACGUCGAUAACAUUUUCAGUUUGUAUGAUGGGGUGUUGAGGUUGGAGUUGGAUAGGCCGACGUACGAGAGGUGUGGGUUAGAGGGACGGGCGGUGGAGGAUGGGGGCAGGAAGCAUCAGCAGGGACGGUGGGUUGUGGAAUUCGACCUCCGCGCCCCGCACAUGCACCACGGCAAAAAGCUCUUCGGGCGUCUCGAAUGGGCGGCCAAGAACGUGCUCAAUACCAACCUGACCUGGCUCUUCUACAACUUCAACCCGGGGUCGAGGGAAGCGCUACGACAAGGCAAAGAACCGCUUUGUAUCCACCAACCGUCCAUCAUGAACAUGCGUCCCUCGGCCGUCCGGAUCAAAGGCGUGUCCACGCCUAUCCUUCGAGCGGGGAGGUUGGAUAGUGUCUACGAGGAGGAAGAAUCGCUAGCCCUGCUCGAAUGGCUCCAUCUCAUCUUCCUCGAAUCACCCCGCGUGCGCGCAGAGGACCACAUUGAUCCUUUCCUCUCGCGGUACGAGGUCCCGGAUCUGGGCUUCGGCGUGGAGACGAGGAAGAUGGUGCGGGUGCGGUGGAGGGGGUUCAUUGCGCCGCAGUUCGUCAGGGAGGUGUUUCUGGCGGUGAGGAAGGAGGCGCUGAAGAUUGAGAAGGAGGACCAUGAUGGGGAGGGGGGAACCAGGAAUGAGGAGGAAGGGAGGUGGAUUGCGGUGACGGGGGAGGGGUUUGGGGGGGAUUGGUAUACGAUGGUGCAGGUGGCGGGGAGGGAGACGUUGGGGUGGGAGAGCGUGGGCGGGCUUGGGGGUUGA